AUCACAACAUUAGCAACAUCGACGCUUGUCACGCAGUCUGCUCGUCAGGCGAAAAUUUUAAAAAUUGAUUGAUUCAGACCUGGCCCAGAGCCCCAGUGACAGGUGGGGGCCCCCCCUUUUCACGGAACAGUCUCACGUGCAUGAUGCCACGAACAAGCUCUUCUCACGAGCGUCCACAGCACGCGCAUAUUUUGGACCUAAUUUGGACUCUGCACUAAAACUAUACCUUUUUUUAAAAAAAAAAAAAAACUUUCUUGAAUUGGUCAUCUCUAAAUAACCUGCAUAAUUUGGACCACCUCGCCGUGGUAUUGAGACCGGAGAAGCCUACCCUGGAUUAUACUUUAUACCUUAUUUUGCCAACAAGAAGAUUGUACGGAUUUGUCAUCGUUUGAGAUGUCUUUCAUAUUAGAAGCAAUAUCGCUCAAACGUUUGAGUUCGAAGGAGUAGCAGAACUCUUUACUCUAAUACAGCAAGAAAUUUAUCUACAAGUUCGAAAAAUUCAUUCAAGCAUCAGGUCUGACUUCUUUGUGCGGAAACGGGUCGUUUCUUGUGGAUUAACCAUAGACUGCACAUCUAGAAACCUACAUUACAGAGCGCAGCGAAAGGGGUCCUUUACCGUUUUGUUGGACCUUUGAUGCUGGAGGAUUGGCUUAUAAAGACAAUGUAUGCCACCAAGCGAAGACGCCGCACAGUGAAAAGCGUAAAGACACCCAGCAAAGAGCCCCCAAAGAGCAACCCCAGCAAGCGCCACAGGGAGAGGCUGAAUGGCGAGCUGGAUCACCUGGCUAGCCUGCUGCCCUUUGAGCAGAGUGUCAUCUCAAAGCUGGACAAACUUUCCAUCCUACGUCUGGCCGUGUCAUAUCUCCGCACGAAAAGUUUCUUUCAGAGCGUACUUCCGGCGCGGUAUGGCAUUGAAAGUCACCUCAUGUCCAGAUCUCAUCUCUUCCACGAGCCUGGGUUCUCCGAGGGAGAGAGCAUCCUCCAGGCUCUGUACGGAUUCCUUUUUGUAGUGACGUGUGAAGGGGAGGUCUUCUUUGCCUCCAGGACCGUGGAGCAGUAUCUUGGCUUUCACCAGUCUGACAUUAUCCACCAGUCCGUGAUGGAGCUGAUUCACUCGGAAGACAGGGAAGAGUUUAAGAGACAGCUGACCUGGAACUCAAUGCUGCCAUCAGACAAGUCAGCGCUCACUCUACACGAGACAAUGCUGCCAGAAAACAUGAACCACCUACACAGAUCUUUCACUGUCAGAUUUCGUUGCCUGCUAGACAACACAUCAGGAUUCAUUACGUUAGAGAUCAACGGGUGGAUCCGAGUCUUGCACGGACAGGGUCCAAGAGCCGAGGAGCCCCAACUUGCCCUGUUCGCCACGUGCUCGCCCUUCGGACCUCUCAGCCUGUUCGACAUUCCGUCCCGAGAGAUGACCUUCAAAACCAAACAUAAAAUGGAUUAUUCGCCCGUGACAAUGGACAACAGAGGCAAAGCAAUGUUCGCUUAUACCGACCAAGAACUGGCUACAAAAUCUGGCUAUGACCUGAUUCACCCCGAUGAUUUGAAUUACUUCUCGUCUGCGCACAAUGAACUUAUCAAGACCGGAAGCUCGGGUUUGAUCUCAUACCGCUGGCAGACCAAGCAUCAGCACUGGGUGUGGCUGCAGUCCAGUUGCAAGGUCAUAUAUAAAAACAGCAAGCCAGACUUCAUCAUUUGCACGCACAGACAACUGACGGAAGAUGAAGGUCAUGACCUUUUUGGAAAGCGCGGCAACGAGUUCAAACUUCCGUAUCCACUGCUGGACAUUGACAUGUGCUCGGGUUUCGGGUUUGGCGACGAUGACCUGGUCACCAAGUCCAAGUCCAGCAAGAGCAAGAAAAAGUCCAACAGCGCCAGCCCUGGAGCCAACGCCGGCACAGCCAACGGCGCCCAGAGCAACGGCGCCCCGGCCAACUACGCCAGCGCCGGCGGAGGAGGAGGUAAAGACUAUCAGGGUGGUAAGAGGCGGAAAUCAGCGGCGUGCCUCAUAGGGGGGAUACCUCCUUACUGCUCGUACCCCACUGGCUUCACUGCUUACGAUGGCGGAGGAGGUGGGGAAAUGAAACCUCCAGAAGCCGUGUAUCCAUACGCCGCCAACAACUUUGGUUUUGAGGCGGAUUUGUACAGACCACAGGGAUAUAGUUCCUUGACUCCAUAUCCAACAGCAGAUCCCUACAAACUAGACAUGGAUAAGCAUGGAUAUUUCCUGGAUCAUAGACAAUACCAGCAUUCCUCUUUCCCAUAUCCGAACAACGGUUACUCUGAAUUCGUCCCGUCCACGAAAUAUGGAUACGAUGUUCCGAAAUAUGGAUUUGAUUCCUACAGUCUGGACUUGAGCAAACGCGUAGAUUGUGGGGACAUCUCACAGUUUCAUCCUCGAUACCCAUUCGAUUACCAUCACCACUCGUACCAUCCUCUGGACCACCCUCCGCUUCACACUACGGAAUUUACAGCUCCGCGACUCAGCUCGUUGGACGCCGUAGAUCUCCGAAACUCGGCGGCGCUGUUCGGUUCCAAUUCGUUCAUGAACACUGUAGAGACACCUUGCGCCUCUUCGUCGCCGUGUUCGGCAGCUUCCGUCUUCAAGGCCGUUCCGAGCUCUAAUCACAUGAUCGGAAAAGACCAAUCCCUGUCGAAACUGCAUAAACUUGGAAACGGAAUGGGAAUGAUGGACGCCUCGCCUAAUCCCAUGCCUUACGACAUGCCCAGCGCCCUGCCGCACAACACCGUCAUCAAGUCUACGAGGCACCAGGAUUCUGGCCUCCUCCCCAGCAACCAUCUCCAGGGUCAACAGGACGCAGACAGUGUCAUUCCCCACCAGCAAGAUGAUCGAAUGCUCUGGAACUCUUGCAGCAAGAAUGCUGGGAACGAAGCGAUGGUCAUGUCUUCAGUGGAAACGAAUCAACAACAGAGCGGUGAUAUGGUGGUCACGCCAAAGUGCAGGAGUAACGUGGACCAGGGCGCAGAGGUCGAAUCCCGGAUCGAUUGUGGCGAAGAUAUCAUGAAAAAUAACGAAAACCAGUUGAGGAUGACCAACAAGGAGUCAGCCAUAACCGGAAUUCCAGUUUCUGUGGUGAAGCAGUCUCCAUGGUUACACACCAAUGUCAACAACAAUCACAACAUCCUGAACAACAACAACACCAGUGUCAACAAUGGUGGUCACCUGGCCAACAUGAACGGUAACUCCGGCUUGAACAAUGCCAAUAACCUGCUCCUGUCGGAGAGGGAAUGGGGAAGUAAUAACGACUACUACAGCAAGACCCCACGAGUUCUCUUCCCUGAUCCCUGCCAUUCGGUCAAGCACCUAGGAUUAAAGGUUUAUGAAAGGGGGGAUAACCCGCUCUUGAGUUUCUCCGAGAUGACCCACACGCUGAUGAGCUCUACGCACUGACCUACACAAACUUGCUGACCAUAUUCACUCACUGACCACCCCUCAGCCUAAAAUUGAUUCUACUCGCCCCACCGAGGACAUUCAGCACGGUGUUGACCGCUCCACUCGCCAAGCCAGUGUUGAGAUUGGUCCCUAAGAAAAGGUUCUACUCUGAUAAGGCCAUGUUGAUUUAUGAAAAUCGAUAAUCGGCUGGGGAUAAUGAUAGGUGUGUUUUUAUCCCUUGGACACGCAAUGGGAUGUUUACUUCGAAGUGAUUGGAUGCUGGCACGUCAAUUGUCAUUCUAAUCUCCGCCCACUGUUCUAUAUCAAUAUGUUUGGACUAUCGUUCUUAGGUUUCAAGAGCUUUAAACAGAACUCUUCAAAUGGGGAAGUCUCUAAAUGCGUCUCAUGUACACUGUCCCGUCAUAGGCACUUGAUACAAGCUGUGUACACACUUUUGUUGAAUAGAAUUGUGGAUGUUUGAAGCUUGAAUGGCGUAUCCUCCUGUAUCAUGUCCUAUCCUGCUUUGUUAUACACAUUCAUCGUAUCGUAUCAUAUCAAAUGACUACAGGAAGCAAGUUUUUACUUCAUAGGCGUAUCGUCACCAUCCUUUCAAAGGAGUGUUUGGAUGAUUGAAGUCUGAAGACAUAUCACUGCUCAAUUCAUUUCAAAGGUUGUGCUUUCCCUUGACCAAUGUGGUACAUGUUACAUAUCGAAAUAUCAAUUAUCUCCCUUCCAUGACAUUAUUAUUUCAUUUGCAUUUAUAUGAUUGGUUCGGCCGUUUGUGCAUAUUUUAUCACUCCUUAUGUACAGUGAUAAAUCAUCUCCAUAGUAAAAACUUAAAAACAACAACCAGUGCUGUGUUUCCAUUAUAAUGUAGCGACAGAAAAAUUAUAUGGCAGUCAUCCAAAUGGACAGAGGUUUUAAACACUAAUGUGCUUAUAUCAAAAGAAAACACGCUAAUUUCUGAGGUCAUAUCGUAGUUGUGAAUAUUGGAACAAUUGCUGCUGGCGUUUCUUAAAUAUUAUUCUUAGGCGCCCACGUCGCCAAGGCGGCUAUUAUGUACCCAGAGGGUGUAAUUCGUGUCCUGUAAAUAGCAUUUUUGUUUUAGUUAUUCAACUGUGACGUAUGUACGUAGUGCGAAAAGAAUGUUUAUACUAUUUAUUUAGUUUUUUUUUGGUUAUGAAAUGUAUCGCUUAAUACAACAGUAGUUAUUUACUGUAGACACUGUGUUCUAGGUCACAUGAGAAGAGAAUCUGUAGAGGUGUUGGACAUUUUAAACAUUGGCUGGUCAGUUUUGACUGUAUCGCUACAUAAAAAAAUUACAGUACAAAAGCUAAUUAGUGAAAGAACAUUAGUGAAUCAUUAUCAGUGAGACAUCUUGGGAUUGGCAGGCUUUCAGUGAAACUCAUCAGUGAAACAUGUGUCUAUCUUUACCUUAAUAAGCUAUUAGUGAAACAUCAUUGUAGCUAGAUAGAGUAUUAGUGAAACACUUUUCUACCUUGAUAGGCUAUUAGUGAAACACUUAUCUACCUUGAUAGGCUAUUAGUGAAACACAUUUCUUCCUUGAUAGGAUAUUAGGGAAACACAUUUCUACCUUCAUAGGAUAUUGGUGAGGUUCAUUCGUAGCAUGCUAUUAGUGAAACAUCUAUCUCUGAUCUAGAACAAAUCAGUGCAUUGAAUUUGGUUGCAUAAGUUUGAAUACUACAGAAUGCAUUGUGACUUUCGGUUUGUUUUUAAGACAAAAAGAUACUAUGUGACUGUAUUUAUGUACUUAAAGACAUGAGAAAAAGAACUGGAUAUUA